AUGACGGAUAUUGGCUUUCCAUGGGAUAAAUUAAGAAUUUCUUAUGAUGAGCUUUCAAGGGCUACUUCUUGCUUUAGCCAAAACAAUCUCAUUGGUUCAGGAAGUUUUGGCUCUGUGUAUAAAGGGACUUUGGAUGACGGGAUGCUUAUAGCAGUGAAGGUAUUUAACCAAUCAGAAGAUGCACUUGAGAGUUUUCAUGUUGAGAUUGAAGUGCUAAAGAAUUUACGCCAUCGAAAUCUCACUAAGGUGAUUACUGGAUGUUUUGCCGAAGAAUUUAAGGCUUUGGUCCUUGAGUACAUGUCAAAUGGAAGCCUUGACCAGUGGCUACAUUCACAAAGAAACUUAUUGGAUAUGGUUCAAAGGUUGAAUAUAAUGAUUGAUGUUGCAUGUGAUUUGGACUAUCUUCAUAAUGGCUACACAAUGCCGGUGGUUCAUUGUGAUUUAAAGCCUGCAAAUGUGCUAUUAGAUGAAGAAGUGGUAGCCCAUGUAUGUGAUUUUAGUGUGACAAAGUUGUUAACUAAGGAGGAGAGCUUCAAGCAUACUGAAACUCUAGCAACACUAGGGUAUAUGGCACCAGAGUAUGGAUCCACAGGAAUGAUAUCAACACAAUGUGACAUUUAUAGUUUUGGAAUUGUGGUAAUGGAAACAUUUUCAGCAAGAAGGCCCACAGAUGAAACAUUUGGUGAAGAAAUGAGCUUGAAAAGUUGGAUAAGUGAUUCUUUACCUCAUCAUCUACUUCAAGUUGUAGAUCCCAACUUAAUAAAGGCAGAUGAUGAAGACUUCAAUGCGAAAUUGCAGUGUAUAUCGUCCAUAUUAGAAUUGGCAUUGCAUUGUGCAGAUGAAUCCCCUGAAAAGCGAUUAAAUGCAGAAGAUGUUGUAGAAACAGAUGCAGUUGUCACCGUUCCAACAUUGAAGGUGAAAGGAGUCUCACAAAGGACAACAGGUUUCUUGGAAAAUUUGAUCAAAGCUCCUAGAGGAACACCUGAAAUUGAAGUUACAUUUGAGGUUGAUGCUAACAGCAUCUUGAAUGUUCAAGCCGAAGACAAGCUAAGGCCCCUGGGCGAUCUGAGAAAAUUACAAUCACUAACAAUAAAGGCCGCUUGA